AUGAAAGGUCGUGAAAAAAUUGAGAUGAAAAAGAUAGAAAAGGAGGAUGAUCUGUAUGCUACUUUUUACAAACUAAGAGAUGAGCUUUUCAUGGAAGCAAGUGAACUUUGCACAACAUGCAAAGUUGACAUUGGAGUCAUAAUUUUUUCUCCAACUGGUGAGCCACACUCUUUCUUCCAUCCAAAUGCAGACAAAGUUUUCAAUCGAUUUCUGGGGAGAGACAUGCCUAGGGACGAUGCAGAUCAACUUGCUGAGGCCCUUGCUCGAGCUAGAGUUGAACAGCUCGAGCAACAACUUCAUGAGCUUGAAGUUCAACAAGAGAUUGAAGAAGAACGAGCCAAGAAGUUGGAUGAACUUUUUGCCCAGGAUGGCAUUGUUGGUUGGCCUGGUGUGCCAAUUGAUCAAAUGGACAUGGAAAUGGUAACAAAUCUGGAGGCAAAGAUAGACAACCUGCUUCUCCAAUUGGAGGAACAUGCCAAGAAGUUGACAGAAGAGGCUUCUUCAUCAAAUGUUCCCCCCAGCAAGAUUUGA